AUGCAGUCUAUUGCUAUUGCGGCCCUACUGGCCGGUGUAGGAGUGUACGCUCUGCCACAAGACGGCGCAAGCUGCGUCACCGUCACUACCGAAGUCAUCAUCCCAACUUAUACGGACUCAUACACUACCACGCCAGUGUCGACCAUUACGGCCACCACGCCCAAAGACUUAGGCACCUUCACCUUCUUGACGAUCGAGAGCAGCACGAAGACCUUGGCGACUUUGACCACUACUACCACUGAUUGCACAGCAUCAGGCACUGUCUACAAGGAGUCGCACCACACAGUCUACACGACCUCCGGCAAAAGUCCAACAGGCUACAGCAGGCGAGCACUCGGUCUUUCGCCUCGAGCCACGCCCUGCACGACCACCACAACUUUCACAACAACAUAUGGCGGUACUUAUACCUUCAUCGAAGCCACUGGCGUAACGAGCACCUACACGGACUAUACCGCUUAUUCCCAGAUCACUGUGACCAGCACGAGAUCCGGAGGCUCUGCUUACGCGAUCGCCACUGCCACAGCAACGACAGAAGGCGUCUGUGGCUCGACCGUGACAUGCACGGCUACUGCUUCCUCGACCGUGACGCAGGACGCCCGCUGUGCGCCUACAGCUCUGGUAUCGGCAUCGAAUGGGUUCGGACUAGAAUAUGCGAGCGAUACGCCCACCGGAGGUGCGGCUUUCGUGACCACUGCGGACGAUGCUUCGCAGUGUUGUCAACUUUGCGCGGAAGCAGAUCGAUGUGCGGCCAGUCUUUGGGAUGUUCGGACCGGGAAGUGUACGCUCGAGUUUCCGGUUGAUUUCGACUCUGGGGAGCUAAACUGUGGAGAGGGUGCUUUGGUGUAUUAUGAUGCGGGACCCAAUCAUCCUAUGGCUCCCGGUAGUGGACUGUUCGUUGGGACGCUCUGUGGUAAUGUUGGAUACGGGAGUGCGAAGCCUGAUGAUGGGACCUGA